ACAAACAAAAGGAAGCAGGAGGAUUCUGGGAAAUGUUCCAUGACAUUCGGUACUUAUGAAGGAAGUGCAGUCCUGCGCCACAUAACGACGUCUCCGUCAACGACAGACCGCAUAUACAACAGAGAUCCCAUAAGAGCAAGACAAUUACAUCGCGAGGACAAAUCAGCAGUGAAUUCCAGCAUGAACCAGGCAGCUGUUGGAUAGAACGGUAGACGAGGAUAGGGGACGCUGAGCGCACGGACGCGCGUCGGUCGCCAGGCGCGGCUGGCUUGUGUUGUGACAACCGGCUGGAGACGCGGGACCGCGGUGGUGGAGCCUCUUCUAGAACAUGGCAGCCGGCCUUCACACUCACCGAAACCACACACUUCCUUCUCUCCUGAGUGGUUACCCACCGAGUAGCUCCCAUGAACAGCGCGUUCCUGGAGCUGGACAGGCGCCCCCGCGCACAGCCCGGCGCCCCGCGUGCCCCGUGCGCUCCGGCGCCCACCGGAUUAUAGGGUUGCAAAAUGAAUCGACCAAAGGUGGAAUCUUGAAGAGCACGAGCGACUAUGAGGAGUUCUGGAAGCUGAUUCAGGAGGAAGAUGGUGGAACAGAAGUCAAACAAAAUCUCCAGAACAUAAAAUUUAAAAUGUCUGCUUCUAAACUCCGGUCUGUGGCUGCUCCAAGGGCAAGAAAAACCAGGCUGUCGGUCAAAGUUGGUCAGAGAAAAGAGACCCAGGUAUCUUCCCCAGAAUCAAUAGCCUGUCUGCCUCAAACACACGGAGGAUCUCAGCAGCCCGCUCCCAGGGGCCUUCUUUCUUGGCUUAUGGAAUGGAAGAAAAAGUGUGAACAGCGAGAAACUGCAGGAAAAGUAGCCCAAGGCUGGGAGAAGAACAAGAUUCUCCAUAAAUCAGCUGAGAAGCCUUCCCGAAGUAAGAACUACCUCAGCCGCUUGUAUCAGAUGCGUUCUGCCUCUCUCGCUAACAUGCGCUUCUCCAGGAGCCUGCUGGAAGGAGACGGCCGCUUUGCAGAUGUGGACAGAGCCAGGGGGCUGCUGGAUCACUUGUUCCCAGGCGGACACAGGCAGCGCGGCGUGCAGCCCAGGGAGACGAGGAGGGAAGACUCGCGGCCAGCUGGUCGGCAGCCUGCAGCACCGCCCUGCCUCAGCUUCCUGAAAUGUGACAGCCCAGACAGUAAGAAAAAGGAUUCCAAUCAGAAAACAAGAAGACACCAAGCAGCCCCAUGUGGCAUGGUUAACCUUCCAGAACACAGGAGGGGUGAGGCUGCUUCUCCUGGGAUGACCACAGCACCCCUGACCCUGGAACAAGCCAUUCAGACACACCGAGUUGUGGAGGCUAAGACAGCAAGGCGAUAUUGGACUAACUACGUGGAUUAAAAAUGAGACUGUAGCAUCCUACCUAGAUGAAGAGGAUGAAGAAAUGUUGGAAUUCCCAGAGAAGCAAUUAAAUGGCAGAUUUCUUUUUCUUUAAUUCAGAGUUAUGAUAAGCAAUGAGGGUACCAUCAAGUAACUAACAAACUCAUUAUAAAUGUGACAUUUUCCAUGUGGAAACCCAGAACCAUGGAUGAGAACAAACAGAAAUAAGAGUCAGUGGAAUCAGAGUCACAGAGAAUUGAGAUAAUGCAAAUUAUCAGAUGCAGAAAAUAUAAGGAUGAUUGCUAGCUUAUCAAUAUUGAUAAGAAUAUAAGUAUGAUUGAUAUGCUUAAAGAAACUGUAAAAAGAAAUUUCAGAUGAUGAGUAAGGACUAGGAAACCAUGAAAAUGAAUCAAAGAUGUUUGGAAAAGAAAGAAAUGAAGCUUUUAGAGCAGAAACAUGUAACAAAUAAAAAUAAAUAUUCAACGAGUGGGUUAAAGAGUAGGUUAGGCAUAACUGAGCGUAGAAUUAGGGAACUAUGUAGACCAAAAGGAAUUAUCCAAAAAACAAAGUGAUGGGACAUGUAACAGUGAGGUUAAGGGACACAGAGGCUAAAGUGAGAAAGUCCAACAUACGUUUAGUCGCAGUUCCACUAGGAAUAAUCCAGAGAGUGGGGAAGAAGCAAUAUUUGAAGAAAAAAUUUUAAAAUGCCAGAAUUAAUGAAAGACAUCAAUCCUCAGAUUUAAGGAUCCCAAGGAAUCACAAGAGAAAUAAAUAAAAAGGGCAGCAUGUCAAGUGAGCUUCUUUAAAGAAGCCAGAGAGAAAAGACAAAACACUUACAAAGGAAUAAAGUUGGAAAUACAGAUGACAUCUCCAUAGCAACCAUGGACAAACUCCUAGGGAAUUAUCUGAGUAAGAAAACGGAAAAUCCAAAGAGUCCUACAAUUAUUAAGUAAAUUGAAUCCAUUUUUUUUUAAAGAUUCCCACCUGAGUUAACAUCUGUUGCCAAUCUUCUUUUUACCCCCAAAGCCCCCCAGUACAUAGUUGUAUAUUCUGGUUGUAGG